AUGUGUUUUACUUCACCAAGCCAGUCCCGACAGUCGAGCACGGGCAAUCCUGAUGCUGAGGAAGGAACCUCUGUGUCUCAAGAGGAAAGAUCUGUUUUGUGUAGCAAUAAUUGGUUUCCACAGAGCUGUCCCAAUGACAGAGCUAUCUGCACACCUACCUCAGUUCCAGCAUGGGCAGCUGACAGAAAACUUCCCUGACAACCACCUGAGCAAUACUAAUGACAGUGAGAGGCGACGCCAUGAUAAUAGUGAGCGAAGGCGCAAUGAUAACCCUGAAUCAGAGACUAAUGGGCAGCCACAGAAUAGGACGCAGCAAGUGGUGGAACAGGACGAAGAAGAUGAGGAGUUGACAUUGAAAUAUGGGGCAAAGCAUGUGAUUAUGCUCUUUGCACCUGUCACACUUUGCAUGGUGGUAGUUGUUGCAACCAUCAAGUCUGUCAGCUUUUAUACACGCAAGGAUGGACAGCUUAUCUACACUCCGUUCACUGAAGACACAGACACUGUGGGACAGAGAGCCCUGAACUCUAUUCUCAAUGCUGCCAUCAUGAUCAGUGUCAUCAUUGUCAUGACCAUACUCCUGGUUGUGCUUUACAAAUACAGGUGCUAUAAGGUGAUCCAUGGCUGGCUUAUAAUUUCUUCUCUAUUGCUGCUUUUCUUUUUCUCAUUCAUCUACUUGGGUGAGGUUUUUAAAACCUAUAACGUUGCCAUGGACUACAUUACCCUCGCGCUCAUGAUCUGGAACUUCGGUGUAGUGGGAAUGAUCUGCAUUCACUGGAAAGGCCCGCUCCGGCUCCAGCAAGCAUAUCUCAUUAUGAUCAGUGCUCUCAUGGCCCUGGUAUUCAUUAAAUACCUUCCUGAAUGGACUGCGUGGCUUAUCCUAGCUGUGAUUUCAGUAUAUGAUCUGGUUGCUGUCCUAUGUCCUAAAGGUCCUCUUCGUAUGUUGGUUGAAACAGCUCAAGAGAGAAAUGAAACACUCUUCCCAGCACUUAUUUACUCCUCAACGAUGAUAUGGCUAGUGAACAUGGCUGAGGAAGACCCGGAAGCCCAACGGAAAGCUUCGAAAAGCUCCACUUAUGAUAAACAAGCCGCAGCGAACCAGAUUCAGAAUGAAGAUGCUGACAUGGAUGAUGGAGGUUUCAAUCCGGAAUGGGAGCAACAAAGGGAUAGCAGAAUAGGGCCCCUUGAAUCCACUCCUGAAUCCCGGGCUGCUGUUCAGGCUCUCCCUAGUAACUCCCAAGCCAGCGAGGACCCAGAAGAGAGGGGAGUAAAGCUCGGUUUAGGAGAUUUCAUUUUCUACAGUGUUCUGGUUGGCAAGGCCUCAGCAACAGCAAGUGGAGACUGGAACACAACUUUAGCCUGUUUUGUAGCUAUACUAAUUGGUCUGUGCCUUACUCUACUGCUUCUUGCCAUCUUUAAGAAGGCUUUACCAGCUCUUCCAAUCUCCAUAACCUUUGGGCUCGUUUUCUACUUUGCCACAGAUAACUUGGUGCAGCCCUUUAUGGACCAGCUAGCAUUCCAUCAGUUUUAUAUCUAGCACAGUUGAAGUUGAUAUUCUGUGGACAUUUAUAUUGACUCUAGAAAAUCUGGGAGGAAAAAGGGAUUUUUACUUGGUCCUCACAUGACACUGAAGUUCAAUGCUCAAGAUUUCUGGCAUGAAUCAUUGCAACUUCCUCCCAUGUUUUCCUGAGCCACUGCACUGGGUACCAUAUGAUUCUUCUGUGUAAAAAAGGGUUUUUUCUCAAUGGAUGGACUAACUUGGAUGCCAUUAUGUCAUAAGCAAUCUCUAAAUGAUAAACAUGUAAUAAGGACCACCUGUGUAAAAGCUGCUAAUGCUUCUACCAGCAACGUGAGCCCUGGGUAUAGGUUGAUAUUUUCCUAACGCUGAAGGCACUCAGACUGCCAUGAGGUUAAACAAAGGAAGUUAGCAAAGUUCUGUUUGAUUUGACAUGUAAACCAUUUGAAGAGAGUCAAUCCAAUAUAAACCUUUAAAGCAGUGUUUUUCACCAGUUGAGUCCUGACCCACUUUGGUUCAUUAGGAAAAGGCCAGGCAUUGCAACAAUGGGACCGAAGGAGAAAGAAUUGUCUCUCCUAAAGAGAGUUCCACCCCUUAAUAGCCUCUGUGCCUAAGUGUGCUUGGUUUUGAUAAGUCUAAAAGCUUAUUUUCACACUGGAACAAGAGCCUGUACUCAAAUUUACUAACACUUUGCAUUCUCAAGCACAGAGCGUGCAUCCUGUACUACCGCUGCCAAUUUCUAAUGUAGCUACCAAGGCUUGGACUGAAUAGUUUGGAACAAGUCAAUCAUGAGGUCCUAACAUGGAUCUUUGUAAAAGGUUGGAGGACUAAUACUCUAAAAUUUUCUUUACUAAAAUUACAUGACAAUGUUUGGAUUUAUUUUUGUCGUCUUGCUAAUCUUUGCUAGAAUAACAUCAAUUCAAACCCUGCCUUUAGAUGGCAAUUUGCCACACAGGACUGCAUUGCUCUGAGUUCCCGUUCUCCCCCUGGAUCUUUGGGCAUAUGAAAUAGGCAGACAUUUGCAGCAGCAUCUCCAUCCAAAGCAUUCCAGGAUUUUAACCUUCUAUUGUCAGGUGUAGAGAAAUGGAGGGUUAUUUUUAGUAGCAUUCUGCUGUUUCCUUCAAACCUUUCUCUCCAAAAACAUAUAGUUGAAAGGAUCUGGAUUACAGCAAAUUAAAAUGAAGGGCAAUGUUUUUCCUAAGUAACAGUCAGUUGACUUCUCUGUUACAUGUUAAGCUUUAGUAUCAGCCGUUCAAGCUUAUUUCAGGCUAACACCUAACGCUGAGUGAUUUUAUUUUAUGUAGUGUAUUGAUAAAUGAAUAUUCAUUAGUCAAGUGAGACAUCACUUAGUGUUGCUUGGGAAUAAAAAGUAUGGCCUUUUUCCCCAGUUAUAGUGAGGCGUGAUGGAAUACGAGAUUGGAGAAACCUGGAGAAGCUUAAGAAGGGAGAAGAGAGUCCCA